CCCAGGCCAGUGGACUGCUGUUUUAUAUGAGGAACAGCACUGGGAUGUUCAAAGUGACGCUGAAGACCGGUAUUAUCUAUGUCAACGAUCCGGAUAUUCUCCUGGCAACGCCCCAUGUCAUUAAUGUUACCAUACAGUUUCGCUCAGCCACGGGCCAGAAAACCAUCCUAGUAGCAGUUAAUGUCAUACCAAAUCACUUCAAACAACGUCUACAGUGUAAUGGUACUUGCUCGAGUCACAGGACAGAAACGGAAUGUGAGACGUCCUGUGGUCUGGGAGCCGUGCGCGGACGAUGUGUGAUGAGGAGAGAGACGAGGUUAGACCGACACACCAAAGACUACGGCACGUGUUCUCCAAAUCUGAUCACGUGCCCCGACUCCGUGUGUGACGAGCUUGAGGAGGAAAACGAACUGCUAUGUCCGCAAGAUUGCACACAAGACCAUGUGAAAGGUGCAGUGUUAAGGAGUGGUAACGAAGAUUCGCGUGGAAUUCAAAGGGCUGCGGGGACGUGUUAUUGUAAUAUAAUGGCUAGUUGUCAGUGCUGGGCAAAUAAAACCUUCUACCAGGCUACAGAGGACAGGAUGAGCGGGGUGGACACUUUACCGUCCGCUCAUCUGGAAGAAACUCACCCCACCGUCCCAGGUCCCUUAACAUCGGGUACUUCUGGUGUUACAGAGGCCAGCGGAGUCACCAAAGAAGAUAUGGAUGACGACUCUUUGUGUGACACCACCUGUAAAACUAUCAUCGGACUGGUGAUCGUGACCGUCGUCGUCGUUCUUCUCAUCUUCUUCUUGGUCUGGUGUAUUCAGAAACGACGCAAGCGCAGAACAGACAAACUGAGGCACGUGGGCAGUAACGUGUCUAUGAAUGCUAUUCCGUCUGAUUACGUCGAGGAGAGGCGAACUUCUCACAACUCCAUAGAAUGGUCACCCAAAAUCAUCAACACUCAGAACGGAUACGAUAAAAAGUGGGAGUUUCCAAGGAAAAAUUUAAUCCUGGGUAAAAAUCUUGGAGAAGGGGAGUUCGGACAAGUGGUACAGGCUAAGGCAUAUCACAUCAGCCCCUGUGAAGAAUAUUCCCCUGUGGCCGUGAAAAUGUUGAAAAACUGCUCUAAUGAAACUGAAUACCAGGAUCUUCUGUCCGAGUUCAACUUAUUGAAAGAUGUGAGUCACCCGAAUGUUAUAAAGCUGUUGGGAGCAUGUACAAAGGAAGAGCCCUUGUACAUCAUUGUGGAGUACUGUGAAUACGGGUCUUUGCGCCAUUACCUGCGCUCGUGUCGUCAUAACAACGCCCUCUCCAUGGAGGGCCAGGACAUCUCCUCCGGCCAAUCCAAAUCUCUCACCAAAUACAGUCUCUCCACUAGAGAGCUCCUCUCCUUCGCUUGGCAGAUCGCCAAGGGCAUGCAUUAUCUGGCCGAAAUGAAGGUUGUGCACAGAGAUCUGGCUGCCAGGAACGUCUUAGUGGCUUCUGGCAAGGUUGUCAAGAUCUCCGACUUUGGCCUUUCUAGAGAUGUCUACGAGGCUGACGCGUACAUGAAAAAGAGCAAGGGUCGGAUUCCAGUUAAAUGGAUGGCCCCGGAGUCCCUAUAUGACCAAGUCUACACAAUUAAAAGUGACGUAUGGUCGUAUGGAAUAGUACUUUGGGAGAUAGUUACGCUUGGAGCCACACCCUAUCCCGGUAUACCUCCAGAAAGACUGUUUGGUUUGUUGAAGUCAGGGUACCGGAUGGACAGACCGGAAAACUGCUCCGAUGAACUAUAUGCCGUGAUGCAAAAGUGCUGGAAGGCGGAGCCUCAACGCCGGCCGUACUUCAUUGAUCUGGUUAAUAUAUUUGAUAGUAUGCUGCAAGCCAAGAUGGAAUACUUGGAUUUGAAUGGCGCCUUCAGGGCUCCUUUUGAACAGGAUAACGAUCUGUCAUUGGAUGGUUUAACUUCCGGCUCGCCGGCGAGACAUUGUUGUCUGUUAGGAAUGGACCAGACCUAUGGAAACAUCAAUUUUAAGACGGAUUCUAGUUCUUAUUUGACGCCAACCUUCAAAACUGAACAGCUUAUCAACCGAGAAAAUAAUUCUCGAGGAAAAACAUUUCCAAAAAACGAGUGCUUACAGGCGGGGCAAAUUCACCGGCAAUUUCAUGGCAGGGUGAAAUUAGACUACGAAGUAGAUAUGGAAGACGACGUAUUUGAAGCACAGGAAACUGACUCAUUACGAUGUACAAAGGUCUGAGGUGUACUCUUCCACCGAUGAACCAAUGAAGCUAAGCUUUAUUGCAGUGCCUUAGGUUUUGUGGAAGCAUUCUGACUUUAUAGACAAUUUUUCAUCUGAUAUGAUAUCCAGAGACGUUGUGGAUGAUACGGUUGUUCAGGUCUAUCUUAGGGCUCUUUUAGGAGAAAUGUUGAAUCUUUUCCUGCCUAAAGUAACCCAGGCCUGAUAUAUGUAGCCUAUUAUUGAUUACUACAUCUUUGCGAUGAUAGCCUAUGGACAAACUGGUGACGUAUUACUGAAUUUAUUGCAGGGAAACAAUGGACAGUUCAGCUUGGACCCGAGUCGUCCUUCACUGCGCGGGAAGAGCUACCCCUUCGCAACGGAUAAUUUUGAUCAGAAAGACUCACAGCGUUCAAACAACGCUUCACUUUCCGAAGAUAUUAGGGCGGUUGUCAAACUAGGAUUAUCCACAAUGUAACGGAACAGAUGUGUACAUGACAUCCUUGUUCUAGUUAAGCCACAUCUUCAUGUAGAUGUUGUGCCCAUAACUGCUUUGUUCAACAUAUUUUACAGUCUUUCCCGAUGCUGUGACCAUUACCACUUUGUUCAGGAUAAGUCACAGUCUUUCUUUGAUGCUGUGGCCAUGACAACUUUGUUCAGGAUGCCACGGAGCCUUCCCUCUCUACUGUGACCACCCAUGACAACUUUGUACAUUAUCAUCCGAAGUUUUUCCUUGAUAACGUGCCCAUUACCAAUAUCCGCGUUGGCAAUUCGCCACAGCCUUUCCUGGAUACUGUGCCCACGCGCAGGAUUAUUUACAUCCUUUCCUGGAUACUGUGCCUAUGCGCAGGAUUAUUGCAGCCUUUCCUGGAUACUGUGCCCAUGAGCAGGAUAAUUCACUGCUUUUCCUUUUUAACGUACCCAUUACCGAUUGCAAUGUUUGGAAUUCGCUACAGCCUUUGAUUGAUCCUGUGUCCAUGCGUAGGAUUAUUCAUAGCUUUUCCUUGAUAACUCACCCAAGCUCAGUUUGUUUGGGAUUCGUCACAGCCUUUUUUCGGUACUGUGCCCAGGAUUAUUUACAGCUUUUCCUUAGUAUCCCAGCAUCCCCGGAAUACAUAUCUCUACUGAAACCAUGCAUACAAAUAUUUAGCAAGCUGAUAAAGAUUAUUGUCUUUGACAUUUCCGAUGUCUAAGGGUUUUUUCCCUUUUCUGAAAGUGUUCGGUGGCUGUAUACGCUGAUUUCAACAGUGAUCCAUGGCUGACUUAUCAUCCUUGUUGCUGCUCAGCGGCUUCCACUCCUCGUAGUUUCACGUCUUCUUUCGGCAGAUGUCAAGACAAAAUUUGAUCUGUUCAGUUGCAAGCAUAAUUCCUGAUAAUCUGCCAUUAGCAACAGAUAUUUUUCCUGCGAUUUUCCGAGGCCUUUGUGGUGCCCACCAGGAUCUACGAACAUACAACCUUUGCCUUUUCAAUUACCUACUUCAUACUGUUUGGAUUCAUGGACAUAAGUAUUUUGAACCGUUUAAUGUUGUAUGGUGCACACUGGGUAUAUUAAAGCAAUGCACAUUUUUAUGAACUGCGCUAUUAAGAGGGGUGUUUAUAUCGUGAACUUAUGUAAGAAGCAAGUGAAAAUAGAAAAAGAUCGCCUAAGUGUCUUAAGCAAAGAAACAAGUAAAGGUUGUACUUUUCCUUGGCAUGUCCUAAUAUAUAAGGAAGGACAUAAAUCGUAAAAGAAAGACAAUAUAAAGUAUAGCAUACAAUAAGAUAAAAGUUGCUUUAGAGACAUCAUCAAAGCGAUAAAAACCAAAUCACCUACGGACAUUCUUGACUUGUUUUGGUAUGUUUCUGUCAAUUGUUUAAACACGACGUGGUUAUGACAAAAGUGUGCCUUUUUCGUAUGCUUUGGCAAAGCCAUUGGAAUUCACUGCAAUACAUAAUUAAUAUUGUCUUUUUAAUUUUGUAUUUUGCCGAUGUUUCUGGUUGCUGUAGGUAUAAGUGUAGUUGAUGCCUGCUCUGAUUGGUACGUGGUGUACCCCGCGAUGCUUUCGGAUCUUGCCGUAUCGUGUACCGUGAUGCAGACAGAGCAAGUGUACUUGCCGGAUGUAUCAUUGGGGUUUUUACAGUGCUUGCCAUCUUUAAUGAAAGCUCACGUAGGCUAAGAAGUGUUCCUGAGAAGUUCGCUGUAAACCAUGGCGUGUGCUAUACUGUAGCUGGACGAUCAAGGAACUGUGUAAAAGCUUUACUGUGUCAGCUGUCCGGACGUUCACCCAUGACUUCUUACAGACUGAUAAAACUACAUCAAGUGAUCGACUUUUACUGUUUAAUAUUUGCACAUAAGUGCCGAGGAGACUUUUGUUGGCGCUGUGAAUGUUAACAGUUUAGUCUUCGGUAACGCUGUCACCUUCAGGCUAUCUUGUCACUCUUGAAUAAUAAACAGUUUGCUUGUGCUCCAUAUGUGCUGAUCGCCUUUCAAAUGAUUUACCGUGCAGUCUGUGAUAUUUGCUUUCCGCACACUCUCUCUGUUUACAUAACAUUAUUAUGUUUUCUGAUAUGGAGAUUGUCUGGCAGCUGUCGUUAACGGAAAACCGCCAGUGGUUUGAUUGAAGUCAUUGUUAUCAAAUGAAUUAUUCAUUUGCUACGAGACUAUGUUAGUAUCAUAAAAAGGACACUUAAAAACGGUUUCUUGUGAUGUCUGUCUUCUCUCUUGGUGUUUUGUGGUCCGCCAGGAUCGUAUCAUGUGUGGAAUUUCAGAGGAUAUUCAAUAAACC